CUACUACAUAACCUCUGCCCAACUUGGCUGUUCAACUGUUCAGUUUCAGACUUGCCGUGUUUUCUGAUGGUUGUUCUAAAGUAGUCGUCCGGUCCGCCGGUCGCAAAUAUAUAUAAUACUUGGUACUUGGUGUUACAUACCUAUACAAUAUAAUAUAUUAAUAAUGUGUAUGGUGGUUAAAACCACUUAUAAGUGCCUAUAAUUCUACAGAUUAAUUGUAUGUACCUAUACUUUGGUCUUUGUUUUGGAUUUAAAUCGAUUUAAUUAUUUUAUUAUAAGUUUCAACGCUGCAGCAUAGACACAUAAUACGUUAUAGCAGUAUCUACAUAUUAUUUACAAUAGUCAAUAGUAUAUCAUAUUAUAGUAAAUAUUGGAUACACAAUAUGUCAAUAUAGAUUACGAUUCACGAUUCCAAGAAAAUACUCAAAAUAUCAAGUUGAGAGCUAAUUCAAAAUUAACUAAAACAAAAUGGAUAAAAGGUUAUAUAAUAUAUGCCUGUUAGGCUUGUCCUUCACGUUUCUUUUUGCGGCAUACCAGUCAAUGGGAAAUAUUGAAAAAACCUUACUGAGAAGUGUGCAACAUGACUAUCCUUCAUUUACUGGCGAUGGUUAUACUAGUUUGUCAAUUAGCUAUUUUGUUUUUGGGUUUGCUAAUUGGGUUUCUCCAUCAGUUGUCAAUUUUACAGGAUGUAAGAUAGCUAUGAUCAUUGGUGCAAUUUGUUACACUAUGUUUUUAGUAUCGUUUCUCUGGCUGUCUUCAUUUUUAUUAUAUCUUAUGUCUGCGGUACAAGGUUUUGGUGCUGCAAUUCUUUGGACAGCACAAGGAACAUACUUAACAUUAAACUCUGAUUCAUCUACAAUGUCUAGAAACACUGGAGUAUUUUGGAUGAUAUCGAAUAUGAGUAUGCUUUUAGGAAAUGCAUUUGUGUCUUAUGCCCUACGCGAUAAAGAUGAUUUUGAUAAAUCAACCCGAACAUUCAUAUACACUGUGCUUAUAGCUGUAAGUGUAUUUGGUACAUUAUUAUUCUUACUUUUACGAUCUCCCGUGAGCUCAGAAGGAACAGUAAACGAACGAGUAGAAACAAUAAGUUUUAUUCAGCAAAUCAAAGAUACCAAAUCGCUUUUUUUAACGAAAGACAUGCGCUUAUUAAAUAUAUCAUUUUUUUUUACGGGUUUACAUAUGUCUUUCUAUGCUAGUGUCUAUAGUUCAAGUAUUGGAUUCACUAAAAGAAUGGGUUCCAAUAGUAAACAACUUGUGGCAGUAUCAGGACUAUUUAUUGGCAUUGGCGAAAUUCUAGGAGGUUUGAUAUUCAGUAUUUUGGGCCAAAAAACUUUUGAAAACAACAUUAUCUCGAAAGGAUUAAGUCAUUCAGCAGUCAUUGCAUUAGGUUUUAUCGUUAACAUUGUUGCAUACGGUUUGAUAUUUAUAAAUUUACCUAACGACUCGCCAUUUGGUGAUACAACUGCCAAAUCAUUUAUUAAUCCCAACCAGUAUCUAGCAAUUUUAUGCAGUUUUCUUUUGGGUUUUGGCGAUAGUUGUUUCAAUACUCAACUUUAUAAUAUAGUUGGACUGAAAUAUUCUGAAAAUAGUGCUCCACCCAUGGCCUUGUUCAAUUUCAUGCAGUCAAUAGCAGCUGCUCUAAGUUUUUACUAUAGCAAUUAUUUUGGAAUACAAAUUCAACUAAUAUUAUUGAUGGUUUCAUUAACUAUGGCUACUUUAACAUUCUUCAAAGUGGAAGAAUCUACUGAUAAACGAUAUUAUGAAGCAAUAUAAGAAUUAAAUGUUCAUUAAGUGAAUUAUUUGACCCAUAAUUGUACGUCGAGUUAUUUGUAUUUAAUUUAUUUUAUAAUUUGUAAAGAAAUAAAUAACUUAUAUACAUCCUUGACGGCUGACAUGUAAUAAAAAUAAAAAUCUCAAAAUUGUCAUACCAAAGAUAUAAGUAGGUUAUAAUAUUUCAUAGAUUAUUUAUAAUUUAUUAUAAUAAAAAUGUUACAAAAAAAAAAAUAUACUUUUAUGUUAUAUAAAAGUUAAUUUAUAUUUUCGACUUAUAUAUAAUUUUACUACUAUUAUUAUGAUUAAUAAUAUUAAUAGUAUACGUUUAAUAUAUGUAUAUAUGUAUAUAUAUAAUUGUAUUUAAAAUACCUAGUCAUAUUCCAUUUUAUUUAAACCAUAAGCAUUUAAUUCAUAAUAAAAGUAAUUAUACUGUCUAUCAUUAUUAGAUAAAUGAAAUAUUAAGAAACAAAAUAAUUUUGUAUUAAGUAUACUAUGACAUACAUUUAAAAUUAGAUAUUUUAGUUAUACAUUAUUAUAAUGUAUAAAUAUUAUAUCAAAGUUCUUGAAAAAAUUGUAAUUAAUGUUUUUUAUUUAUAUUUAUAUUAAAAGGUGUUGUCUUAUAAACAGCGAAAUGAUUUAAAACGCUUAAAACAAUUGACCAUCAAUUUUAAAAACGAAUACCUACUGUUAGUUUAAUAAUUAAAAUUAAAUAAUAGGAUACAUUAAAUCUACGAUAAAUCGAUAAAAACUAUUUGGUAUAAUUUAAUAUAGGUACCUACUAUAUUUUAUUUUGUGCGAAGCGAUAAAUGUAUUAGUAUUACAUUGAUGUAAUUCUUAUUAUUAUAUUUUUUGUGUCUGUCACUCUGUCAUCAGAGCAAUAAAAAAAUUAUUAUAUUUUUGA